CGAUCACCAACUCUACAACCUGCAAACACUCUAAGAGGUAGGUGCACUAAUUGGAACAUUUACUAUUUUGAGGUAAGAGAAGGUACAAAACUCGUUAACAUGAGUGGAAACCUUGAUGUCGACUUGCGCUCUGACAUCUUGGGACGUGUUGGUACGCACAUAUCCACUGAUGAGCCAGAACCGGUGUCUGUGGAUACAGCAAAGCCGAAUAGCGCCACUUCGUCCGAGGGGAACCCCAUAUGUGACGAGGGGGCAUGUAUCAAGGCAUGCACCAGCAAUGCGUCUGGUGUUGCCUGCAACACCCAUACAGCGCUGUACGGCGAUCCUGUGAACAAUAAAGAUCAAGGCGAAGAUCCCGAGAACUCGGUUGUGCUCGAGCGCACGUCAAGGGUACAGCAGACCCAAGAGGCGCUUUGUGUCGAUCCUGUGAAUCCGAGCGAGAUCACGAGCAGGACUGUGUCGACAUCCUCUGUCCCAAUGGAUCUCGACGUGAGAAUCCCGCCUGUGAAGGACAGAGCAAGAACCAACUACAAGACUGUCAAUAUCAAGCUACCAGAUUUCGAAACUGGCGAACAGUACGAAAAGAGGGUAGCAGCCAGACGCGCGUUACUAAAGAAGGUGGUGCAACCACGGUGGUCUCCCCCACCCUACGACCCAACAUACGUACCUUACAGUGCCCCACCGGAGGAGCGAGUGAUCGAGGCGCUUCCUGUCUACACGCCCACGCCCGUACCAGGGAGGACUGCUCCAAAGCAGCAGAAACAAAUCAAGAUCACGCUGCCAGAUUUUGAGACGGGCCCCCAGUACGAAGCACGCAUGCGUGCCCGCGCUAUGAACAGGAAAACUGGAGGCGCUCAAUGUUCCACCACGUCUCCGGGUCCUUCCAUCCCAAAUAGUGAUACUCGAAAUGUAGGCUCUAACGUGUAUACACGCCUUCCCACUGCCGAGAAUAACGGAGACAACGAGGGGAGCGGUGAACAAAGUCAUACCAACUCCUGGGGAUCUUGGCUAUCGUGGUUGACGUGGACAAGCCACAACUGAUUUGUAUUCCAUGUUUUGUAAUACUAGUCGUAUUCCUACAAAUAUU